AUGGAUGACGACGAGCCAAUGACAUCUCGACGAGCCGGGGGGGAGGGCAGAGCUCCUCCAAGUCCCUCGAGCAGCGGGUCCGAGGACAACGGGUUUUCAACCCGUCCGAGAGUAGUCGGUGUUUAUGUUAAGAAUCUCAGCCGCCAGGAGCUCGACACCUUCGUUCAGGAGGACAUCUACGGGGUCACUCCGACGACUUCUCGCGGCAAGGAGGAGGCUCCUCCAGUUUCUCAGUCCCAAUCCCAGUCGUCGUCCUCCUCCUCGACUUCGCCUUCCUCGACGACCUACUCAAUUUCUACGAGGACUUCGCUGUCAGGCAGGAGGGACAGGGCUCCUGGCUCCUCCAGGGAUUUGAGGCGCCGGAGGCAGGAGGAGGGAAGGCCUAGGAGGACUCCCGAACCUGGUGAUGACCCCCGGAGAGCGGAACCUGAGCCCGAGCCCGAGAUGGAGAAAGACGGGAACCUUGGGAGGUCCUCCAGGAACAGCAACGAGGACAAGAACUCGGAGGACGACUCCUCCAGGCUCUCUCCUAGUGGAUAUGAGGUCUUUGAUCAGGAGGACUCCUCCGAGAGGACCAUUCGACAGUACGCUGACGACUCCGAGCCGGAAGUAGUCCUGGAGGUCGACGACAGGGAGACAGGGCGGGGGAGAGCCUCCAGGGAGGGCCAGGAGGGCUCCCAGUUUGAGGACAUGUUCCCCAGGUGCUUCGCCAGGAGCCAAACUCAGAAUACCGAGGAGGUUCGGGAGGAGGAUCGGGAGGUCAGGGUCACCUCCAGGUUCCGGUCUCAGGAUAGUAUGAGACUGAGACCCCCUUUGGUUGGAACCGCGGGCACUUCUGCGGAUUCCGGGACCGGGGACUCGGCCAGCGCGGAGAUCCAGGUCGAGGCUCUGGGGAGCUUGAUGCAGACCCCUGGAGACAAUGAGGAGGAGGACAAUGAGGAGGAGGAUAAUGAGGACGAGUACGAUAAUUUGAAACGCGAGUAUAACAAUACGCCUGGUGAGGAGCAGGGCCAGGGUGGAAUCAGUGGUGGUGAUGGUGCUGGUGGUUUUUGUGGUAGUGCUAGUGGUACUGGUGCCAGUGGGUUCGGGUACAGUGGCCCUAGAUCUGGGAAACAAACUGUUAAACCCUUUACUAAAGAGAGCCUCGACAGACUCGAGAGCAGGACUGUUCAGCUGGUCAGGGAGUACGGGUUCCAGCCGAGGAGGAAAACUUCGGUAGAGGACGGCGCCGUGCUUCCGAAUAAGUUCGAGCCUUUUCCGUCCGGGCUUUACGGCAGGCCGCUUGAGGAGAUUGAUAAUUUUAUCUACGAUGAGGUGAGAUACUUUUUUUAUUAG